AUGAAAACUAUAUAAAAGAAUCCACAAAAUUAAUUAGAAAGGUUAUCAGCUUCACAAUUAUUUAUAGGGUUGUCCUAGAAAGAAUAUAUAAUUAUUAGAGAGAUUUAAAAAUAACAAUGUUAUUCUUAAUAAAUCAUAAGAAAUGGAAAUUUUGAGAAGAUAAGUUUAUUCUUUAAACAAAAUUUUAGAGAGUUACCUUUAUAGAAAUGUGUCUUUUUAUAAAAAAACUGCACUUAUUGUAAUCAGUAAGACAAAGUAAUUCUUAUAAUAAUGGUAUGAUUUGAUAAGAUCAUAAUUUAAGCAUAAAAAGCCAAGUAAUUUAUAAUAUUAUUUAAUUCCAGACAUUAAAAUGAUUCAAUUUUAUUUAUAUGAAUUGCUGAAGUAUACAUAGAAUAUGAGCAUAAAGUUUCAUAAAGAAGAAUCAUAUCAUUUAUCAUAUUUUUAUUGUAAUGCUUCAAAAUAGGUGUUAGAAUAAUUAAAUGGAUUUAAGUUUAAUGUAUGUUUUUAUUCAUUUUAUCUUUUAUUAGAUUUGGUAAUAUUCUUCAAGAGAUCUAUGGACUGAUAUAAUUAUGGGAAAUAUGUUAUUAUAAAAUUAAAAGUAAUUAUUUAAUUAUAUUCAAAAGUUAUUAAUUAGCUAGCAUUGAAUUUGAAAAUGGUUUAGUUAAAAUUCAAAAAAAUAUAAAUUAAAUAAUAAAUUAUAAAAUUGAAAAAAGUUUGCCAAAAGAUGAAGUCAAAAAAUAUGCUAUUAGAUAAGUAAUUAAGUUAAAAUUGAAUUUAGAUGAUUAUGCUAUUUCAUAUAUUUUUUUUACUUUGCCUCUCUUAUCUAUAUUCUGAUAAUUUGUCAAAGUAUUAGGAACUAUUAAAAUUAUUGUAUUAUCUAAACAAACAUAAUUAAAAUAAUGGAGAAUAAUCUAAAUUAUUGAAAGAUUAUAUUAAACAGCACAAUUAUAAAUUAUAAAUUUAUCUUUAAGAAUAAGGAGAGAUAUAAAAAAUAAUGUCAUUUAUGUAUGAAAUUCCAGAAAUUAAAGCAGAAGAAAAACCUAAUUAUAUAGAUGAACAUUUCUAUAAGAAAUAUCAAAUAUAGGAACUCAAUAAUUAAGCAUAUUUUAGAACCAAAUAUUAAUUUAUUUAAACUAAUAAGAGAUGUUCUAUUAUAUUAAAUAAAAAGGAUAAACGAUAAAAUAGUCCUACUAUGUAGUAAACUUAACCAAUAUCUUAAUAUUAUGAUACAACAAUUAAUAUUAAUUUGAAACCAUCUUAAAAUUAAUCUUCAUCUCCUAAUACAAAUCUAAAAUAAUUAAUAUUUCCAAAGAAAAAUAUUAAAAAAGAAAGCUUUUCUUAUAUUAAAUCAGAUAGAGAAUCAAUGAAAUAUUUGGAUUCAUAAAUCUAAGGUUCUUUAAGGAAAGAGUCUUUUUAUUCCUAUAAUGAACUUAGUAAAGAUAUGGAGACUAAUAUUUCUAUAAAUAGUGAUGAAUAGAGAUAAUUGAAAACUGAAAGAUCAAUGUUAAGAUCUAAGAGUUCAAGAGAACAUAAAAAAGAAAUAAACUAAUAAACAAAAAUGGCAAUAUUUAAUUUAAUUGAAGCCAAAUCCUUAUAUUAUAUGGAAGUUUAAAAAGCAAAUUCAAAAUUGAAAAAUAUUAAAUCAUUUAAAGAUCAAUAAUAGAAAAAGAUGAUAUCUGAUAAAUUAAUAUAAGAUAUGAAAUAUAUCUAAAAAUAACCAUCCAUGUUAAUGAGUACAGAUUAAUUAGAUGACAAAGAUGGAAAAUAGAUUUACAAAGAUGUAUUUAAUGUAAAUUAUAUUAUAUAUAUAUAGGACUUAAAGAAAAUGGCAGAUAAUUAUGUUACUAAAUUAUAAUAAUAUGAAAAAUCAUCAGUUCGUUAAAGAAUAUAUACUAUAUAAUAAUAAGGAAUGAAUUAAUAAUCAUAUGGAAAUACAGUAAUAUCAAAAUGUAAAGAAUUGUCUAAAUCAAUAUAAUAAUAAAAAGAAUUCUUUUGA